ACAAAAUUUUCAUUAGUGAUCCAGAGCUUUCGAAUGGCCGCACGUGGUGUGAUUGUCUGCCUCCAAAAAUCUAACCCAAAAUACUUUCAUCGGUCUUAUUGUUCGGUCCGAAAUGAAUUACAGAAAGAACAACAUCGCUCGAAAUCAACAACAGCUUCUGUUGUGGCUUCUGCAGAUGAUGUGGAAGGGGUGAAAUAUCAGAAGGAUGUUCUUGAUCUGACGUUCGAAAACACCAAAGAUGCUUACAAGAGUAAAACCACGUGGGAAUUGAUCCGGGCGCUCAUGGUUUUGAAAUUAUCUACAUAUGACUAUCUAGUCGAAAACAAUCAGAAGCUUCUGAAACUUGGUAAGAAGAUUCUGGGACCAUCCUUGUUCCAUUACCUGAUGAGGCAGACGUUCUACGGUCACUUCGUGGCAGGCCAAGAUGAGCAGGAGAUCCUUCCCACAAUUCAGCGCAUGCAGUCUUUUGGUGUCAAGAGCAUCCUCGAUUACUCGGCCGAAGAAGACCUCAGCGAGGAACAGGCCAGAGAGGCCGAGAUGAGUGGUUGCCGAUCAUCUGCAUCUGAAGAUGGAAAAUUAGGAGAGCUUAAACAGUACCAGCCAUAUGAAGAGUUUGCUGACAGGAGAAAGUAUUGUCCUGUUGCUAGGACUUAUUUUUACCUGGAUGAAGCACAGUGCGAAAAAAAUAUGGAAACAUUCCUAAAAUGUAUCAGUGCAGUGGCAGGUUCAACACAAUGCACUGGUUUUGCCGCCAUCAAAAUGACAGCUCUGGGUAGACCGCAACUUCUGAUGCAACUGUCCGAAGUGAUAGCACAGACUCGUAAGUUCUUCUCCAGUGUGACAGGCAAGCAGGCUCGAAUGGCUCUGGAGAAUGUGAGUCCAGAGUUCCUUGAGCACAAGCUUGAGGAUUUCCAUUUUAAUGUAGAGAAAAAAGAAGUGAGAGAGUUCUUGCAGCACAUGGACUAUGACAAGAAAGGUUUAAUGAAUCUCUAUUGUUGGAGUGGAUUGGUGGAUAUGGAUUAUGUCAUUUCAGAUCUCUUCAAGGUGCCCAACCUCAAGACAGGGACAAUGGAGCCCAUUAUCUCAGCAUUGACAGAAGAAGAGGAAGAAAUGUUUAGGAAUAUGAUGAGAAGAUUGCACCAUAUUGCAAAGGUUGCACGGGAGAAAGAUGUUCGUGUAAUGAUUGAUGCUGAACAGUCAUAUUUCCAGCCAGCUAUUAGUCGCAUAACUAUGGAAUUGAUGCGCAAAUAUAACAAAGAAAAAGCCAUUAUUUUCAAUACAUACCAGUGUUAUCUCAAGGAAGCUUUCAAUAAUGUUGUAUUGGACCUUGAAUUGGCAGAUAGGCAAGAUUUCUACUUUGGUGCCAAACUCGUCAGAGGAGCUUACAUGGAACAGGAGCGGUUUAGAGCCAAACAAAUAGGUUAUGAAGAUCCCAUCAACCCCACUUAUGAAGCAACUAGUGAAAUGUAUCACAAAAUUUUGACUCAAGUUUUGCAUCGUGUUGUGAGAAAAGGAGAUCGUAAAACUGCUGUCAUGGUAGCCACACAUAAUGAAGAUACCGUCCGAUUCACUGUACAAAAGAUGGAGGAAAUGGGUAUUAAACCUGAACACAAAGUGAUUUGCUUCGGUCAACUCUAUGGAAUGUGUGAUCAUGUUAGCUUCCCACUUGGUCAAUCUGGUUAUUCAGUGUACAAAUAUGUCCCAUAUGGGCCCAUUGAUGAAGUUCUUCCCUAUCUUUCUCGUCGCGCACAAGAAAACCAUUGUCUCCUGAAGAAAUCUGAACGGGAGAGGAAACUCAUGAGGAAAGAGAUCUUCAGAAGACUCCUCGCUGGUCAAGUCGUCCACAAGCCUGAGGGAAAUUACAGGCCUAUAUGAAGGACAUGACCUUUGGGAAGAAUUAUUCAACAUUCAUAUGAUGUUGAUAGAAGUGUUAAAUUUGAUGACUUUAAAGCAACACUUCUUCCUUGGCAUCAUGUUACUACAAAGUGAAACUUUGAUGUUUCUUGCAUAUAGAUCUGUAUGUAGAAUGCAAUGUCAUUAUCUAUAUGGAGAACAAUCAUUAAGUUUUCCUUUGGCAUAAUUAUUAUUUUUUCUCUGGCAACAAAUUUCUGUUGCUGAAUCAGAGAAUUGUUAAUUGAUAAGUCUCAAUAUCUGACCCUGAAUCUGAUUUCUUUUUCAGUAUUUUAGCUCUACUCUUUUCUUUUAUUCUUAUGCAAGCUGCCUAAUUGGUUGCAGUGUGUUUUAAUAAAUGCCAAUUUUUUUUUCUUUUCUUUCUGCAUAAUUAAGCCAUUCAGUUUGGUUAACAUUAUUAAGUAACUUCUAUUACAAGAGUUUUUCAAGUGAAUGUAUUUUAGUACGAGUCCAUUUUUGGUUUGAUUUUAAAAUGAUCACUAGUUACUUGGAUAACUGUUUUCUUUCUAUCCCAAUACUUUGAUGAGUUAUAUCCAUGAAUUAAUUCUGAAAGAUUAUUUUAUAAAAUUAUAAUUCGUUUUACUUAAUGUGGUUUCAAAAGAAUUUUGCAUGUUAAUUUAAACAAUUAAUUUUAGUUUUAAUAUUUAUUAAUCCUAUUUAAAUAAAACUUGACUUUGAUUUUUGGGUAACUGCUUUGUUUGAAAUGAUUUUUGUAAAUCCUAAAUCUUUUCAAGUUCCAUUUAUUUUUUCUAAAUACUCAAGAUAUUUCUCUUAAAAACAAGAAUAAUUUUAUGUAAGAAGGAAAUGAAUUAUCUUAAUUCUUUAUUAAUAUAUACAGCAUUAAUUAAUGAAUUGCUAUUGUGACAAAUGCAACUGAAACGAUGCAGCGAAUCUUUCUAUUCUUCUGUGUGAGAAAAUGAUAUUUGUAAUCCAAAUGAAAGAUUAAAUGAGUGCUGUUUUAAGUCUUUGUUUAAUUAUAUUUAAUAUAGAAACAGAUGCCAUUAUGCAAGUUUUAACUAUACUUGGAAUCUAUUUAAAGUUUAUAUUUUUGAAAUUGUUAUAAAAUAUAAUAUUUGCAUGAAAAUCCUAGUUCUACAAUUUAUUUAUUAGGCAUUAUAAUUGUGUUGAGAAAACUUGAAAACUGUCUGUCCCAGCUGUUAUAGGAUGAUAGCAUUAUUUUUAUUUAAUGUUUUGUACAGUAUUGUCUUUGUAGCAUAAGAAACAGAAGCAUUUUUUUUUUUAUUUGAAGAAAUGACGAAAUUUGAUCUGAUUUAAUAUAUCCAGAAUUUUUGACAUUAUUUUCUCUUUUUGAAAAUAACUAAUAUAUUGUAGGAUUGACAAAUUUUUCUUUGUUUUGGAAGAAUUAGUUCUAACAUACAUCCUGAUAAAAUGCGUGGUUAGCCCAAAACAAUAGAAUUGUUUCUAUCCAGUAUUUUUAAUAGAUAAUGUGUGUGUCAAAAUUAGUAGUGGUAAGGAAUAUAUAUUAAUAUUUUCAAAAAAAUAACGCAUUUAUGAAUCUCUCUGUAGACAUUUAUUAAUAUCAAAACUUGCAAAGUGCUUGGUUAUCGAUAAAAUUUGAGAUUACUAUAAAAUCUGCUUUAACUUUUUUGGAUAUUAUGCAUUGUGAUCAAAGUUCUGCAAAUGCAUUGAUUCUUCUUCUUAUCUGUAAUUGUAAAAAAAAAAAAAAGUGUUUGAAUAGGAACAUACUUCUAUAUGUCUGUACCUAAUGCCAAUGGGAACUUUGAUACUGUAAUUUUGGGCUAGGAUUUAUGGAUGAUAAAAAUUAUUCAUAUUAGUUACUGUGUUCAACCAUUAUUGCUGCAAACAGUUUUUAAGUUAAAUGUAUAUUUUUUUUCGUGAUUUCAACACAGUUUUAUAAUACUUAAAUUUUUCUUCCUGUGAUAUCUUUUAUUCUCAAAAUAAAGAAAAAAAUAUAUAUAUUGAGCCUGUGAUUUUCCAGUGAAUCUCUUUUUGCUGCCCCAUGAAUCUCGGUUUUGUUUUUGUGAAAGAAAUUUGUUUUCAAAAUCUCAAUGGAAUGUAUAUUUUAAAAAUAAAUAGUUUUGAACUUA